UGAAGCUUAUAUUGACAUUGACAUCAUGCAAUUGGACUCUUGAACUUAAGACUGGCUGGCUGGAGGACAGUUUAUCUCCCAUAAAAUUCCUGGAAUCCACUCCACAUUCUCAGUUUCAUUAGAAUAAUUAAUUAUUAAUAAAGGUGAAACAAGUUAUUUGUAAGAUUGUAUUCUCGAAGAAGUUUAAAACGAAUUCAAAAUGUCCAGAAAGUUUGAUCUCAUAGUCUUUGGAGCGACUGGCUUUACUGGAAAGUAUGUGGCUGAGACGAUUGUCAAAACUCUCAAAUCCACUCCUCCUGGCGAAUCGUUCACAUGGGCUGUUGCAGGUCGAUCUACGUCGAAACUUGCUACUAUUCUGGAUGAAAUUAGUGGACGGACAGGCCAAGAUUUGAAGAGUGUUGAAAAAAUUGUGGCAGACGUGUCAGACCCUGAGUCAAUAAAAAGUAUGGCUCGUUUAGGCAAAGUUGUUUUGAAUUGUGUGGGUCCGUACCGAUUUUUUGGUGAGCAAGUUGUGAAAGCAUGCGUUGAGGAGGGCACGCACCAUGUCGACGUCAGUGGCGAACCUCAAUUUUUGGAAAGCAUGCAACUAAAGUACCACAAACUGGCAGAAGAAAAAGGGAUUUACGUCGUUGGUUCAUGCGGUUUCGAUUCGAUUCCGGCUGAUUGUGGAACAGUUUAUCUGGUUCAAAAUUUUGGGGGGGAUGUAAAUUCUGUCGAAGAAUAUGUGGAAACUGAUAACGGAGGACAGCCGACUAAAAUUCAUUACGGUACUUGGCAAUCUGCAAUUUAUGGACUGGCUCACGCAAAUGAACUUCGACCCCUGCGGUCACAACUUUAUCCAGAACCACUUCCAAAGCCAAAGUACCGAAUGACACAAAGGAAAUUUCUGCACCGAAGUGACAUUGUCGAGGGAUGGUGUAUCCCAUUCCCUGGUUCUGAUCGUUCCGUUGUGAUGCGUUCACAGCGUCAUUUCUUUCACCAAGAACGACAACACCCUGUGCAAAUGCAAGCUUAUUUAAAGCAGAAAUCUCUUUUUGAAAUGAUGUGCUUGGUCAUUGGUGGAAUGAUAUUCGGGGUUUUCGUACAAUUUAAAAUUGGAAAAUACCUUCUUGAGAGGUUCCCUACAUUUUUUUCCGCCGGAUAUGUUACACAUGAGGGUCCUGCUCCAGAAGAAAUGGAUAAAUUGACAUUCACCAUCACUCUGGUUGGCGAAGGAUGGGGAGAGAAGUUGUUGGAACCUACGGAUAUCCACGCUGAUCCUCCCAAAAAGACUAAAGUCGUCAAAGUUCGAGGGACAAAUCCAGGUUAUGGUGCUACGUGCGUGUGUCUUGUCCAAGCUGCUCUGACCAUUUUGAAAGAAGACAAUAAGAUGCCCUCAAAGGGCGGCGUUUACCCACCCGGUGCUGCAUUUGCCAAAACCACUUUGAUUCAACGACUGAAUCAAAAUGGAGUGACAUUUACACUUGAAGGAUAAAACGGCAGAGACGAUUUUGGUGGAAAAUUGGGAAUAUAUCUAUUCGACAGGAAAUAAAGUGUCACACUGUCAAUAUAGCAAUAAAUACUAAACCUGAUUUCAUCCAAAACACAUUA